AAGCUCGCGGCGAGUCUGAGCUCGAUAUUGAUCGCUCCUCUGCGCAAGCCCGUUCGCACCACGAGCUCGAGCACCGAGAGCUCUGCAGGCUUAUGAAAAGUGAGAUUCAGUCGUGUCCGCGAAAACCGUGAUCGCGCGCGAGUGACCGAAAAAAGUGUUCCCUUCCUCCGAGUGUUUGCGUCCGUUUGAUCGAGUAAAAAGAGUGUUGAAAAAUAAUUGCUACGAACUUUCGCUCGUCACGUUGAUUUAGGACGCGGAUUUUUCUUCGCGAUGAUCGAGCGUUCGGACGAGCCGAACGUACCUUACCCGAGGACGGCGUUUCGCGAUUUUCGAAGAUUCGAAGCUCAGAGCUCGAUGCUUCAUUCGAAUAACGAAAAUUCACGAUAGUAUUUUAAAUAAUCGUCGUCGUGAAUAGAACGCGAUAUUGAGAUUAUUCGACAAUCUGUAAGGAAAGACAAAAGCAAAACAGACACAAACAUGAAUAGCUUGUUCCGAUCGUACGUUCGCUCGUCAAUCAUUAGAGCGCCUUUUCUCCUCGUCCAUCGAUUAUACUCAGCAUCUCAAAGGCCACGUAUGUCCGACAACAAUCCUGAGAUGAGAGCAACCGCUGCACGUAUCUGUCGCGACUAUCUCUACGGCGUAUGGAAACACGUUACGUCCGAUAACAUUGUACUGAAGCGCAUAAGUGGUGGCUUGAGCAACUGGGUCUACGAUGUUCAAUUACCAGAGGAUACGGCGCCAGUUCGUGGAGAGCCGCGUCAAGUGUUGCUGCGAAUAUACGGGCAAGUUCACGGGGAGCGAGCCGUGGAAGGACUAAUUACAGAAUCAGUUAUUUUCACUCUGCUUUCGGAGCGGGGUCUGGGCCCGAAGUUGCACGGGGUCUUUCCUGGGGGAAGAAUUGAAGAAUACAUUCCGGCGAGACCCUUGCUCACCAAAGAAUUGGCCGAUCCGGAGUUGAGUGCUUUGGCAGCAGAAAAAAUGGCCCAAAUCCACAUGAUGCAGGUGCCGAUAAGCAAAGAGCCGACUUGGUUCUGGGACACGGUCACCAGGUGGCUCGAUACUGCGACAACGAUACUUAAAAACUCGGAAAACAUUGACGUUAAACAAAUGGACAAUAUCAAUAUUAUUAAAUCGAUUAAAUUCUCACAGGAACUCGUAUGGCUGAGGUCUCUUGUGAAACAACAGAAGUAUCCAGUAGUAUUCUGCCACAACGAUAUGCAAGAGGGAAAUAUCCUGUUGCGACAAAAUUCACGAAAGCGGGAGCUCGUAGUGAUCGACUUCGAGUAUUGUUCGUACAACUACCGUGGCUUCGAUUUGGCGAAUCAUUUUAUCGAGUGGCAGUACGAUUACACAGCGGCGGAGUAUCCGUUCUUCCACGAGCGUGCGGGGGCAGGACCAACCGACGAACAAAAGCUCCACUUCAUAAGAAAUUAUCUGAGGACACUUGGAAAAGAGAGCACCGUCGAGGAAGAACGAUUGUUAGAGGAGAUCAAAGUAUUCUCGUUGGCCAGCCAUCUCUUCUGGGCUCUCUGGAGUAUUGCAAACACCACAUUGUCGCAAAUUCCAUUUGGAUACUGGGAUUACGCGGUCGCGAGACUGAGGAAGUACCAAUACCUGAAGGAAAAAUUGCUGGUAUCCGAGCCAUUGCGAAGCGGAAUCAAGAGGAAGGAUUCCGACACGGAUUGAAGAGAUGCGGCCGAAUAUAUAUAUAGAAAUGAAUUCACUACUUUCCCUUGAGGAGGAAGUGUGUGCGGGCCGCACCCGGUUGCCGGAACCAUUGUGAUUCCGGGCAACCGGGUUUAAUCGAGAAAAAAGAAAAAAAAAGGAAAAAAAAAAAAAUAACAGCGACAAAAAUCAAACAUCAGGGCGACCUUCGGAAGCGAGACUCGUCACGCGAGUCCGUUCGAAGAGCGACGAUAUUUUCUAUCAAAUAAAAAGAAAUCUGCGGUGCACGGACGACGAGGAAAGAGGAGAAAAAUUCGUCACUCAGCAAAGAUCCUACCUCGAGAAUGUGAUAUAUGUAAUACGUAGUUCAAGAGCUCCACGCAGAAUUGCUAAUUCUCGCUUGCCUUACGACGAUGAAAGUUGGACGAAUAGAAGCCAAAUGAAUGAGAACCGUUAAUUCGAUGAACAUCGAUCGCUAAGAUUUGAACGCAAUGAAAACAAAAAAGAAUGUCCAUCUUAAUGACUGGUGUGGAGACGCUGGUGCUCUCAAGAUUUAGUACCGAGUUAACUUACGUACUUACAAGAGGCUCUUUCUCGUUUUCUCGAAAGAUUAUAUUAGUAUUUAAAACAAUCAUCAACUCGGAGAAAGGACACAUCGUUGUAAAAAAACGUGAUUAUUUUUCUUUUUCUAAAAAUUCUAGUUCGUAACGAAAGAAAAGGAAUGAGGGUUUUUCUAUCGCUUCUAAUUAAAUACGACAAUGUGCUAGUCGUGAUCUUUCAUUGUUCAAACAUUCAAAUAUCUGAUCAUUGACUCUUUUGAUAGGAUAGCCUCGAAAGUCUGAUUCAAUGACUAUUUACAAAGUCUUAUUUAUUUUAUAUAUUGUACAUAUAUAUACAUAUGUUGACGUCCACGAGUUUUCGCAGAUAAUUCAUUUUUCAUGCAGCCAUGUUUUACUAAUCAUGUUUCUUUUUAAAACUGUUCAGUCUCGCGAACUCCGUUUCUUUUUUAUAGUAUUCAUUUUAUUAUAGUACUUAAGACAUUGAUUUUUUUUCGUUUUGUACUUACUGUAUGUAUCUUAAUUUUCAGUUAAAUAAAAACGAAAUAUUACAAAAAUA